UAACAAGACGCUCCCCCUUUCCCCCGACUCGAGCUGGUCGCCUCCGUUCAAUCCCCCCCGCCAAAGUUUCCCGGCUUCGACACUGAACUCUAUCCGACAUUAUUUUGAGUUUGCUCAAAAUGAGGCUUGAUGUGAAGCGCCAGCUCUUUGCUCGCUCCGAGCGAGUCAAAGGAAUUGACUUCCACCCGACCGAGCCAUGGAUUCUCACAACGCUCUACAGCGGCCACGUAUACAUCUGGUCGUACGAGACUCAGCAGAUUGUCAAGACGUUCGAGCUUACAGAUGUCCCGGUUCGUGCCGGUCGCUUCAUUGCGCGCAAGAACUGGAUUGUUUGCGGCUCGGAUGAUUUCCAAAUCCGAGUAUACAACUACAACACGAGCGAGAAGAUUGCGUCAUUUGAGGCGCAUCCCGAUUAUAUCCGCGCCAUCGCCGUCCACCCAACACAGCCGUUCGUUCUCACCGCUAGCGAUGACAUGACCAUCAAGCUCUGGGAUUGGGAGAAGGGGUGGAAGAAUGUGAGGGUAUUCGAGGGAAACUCGCACUAUGUGAUGUCGCUCGCGAUCAACCCCAAGGACACCAACACGUUCGCCUCGGCCUGCUUGGACAGGACAGUCAAGAUCUGGAGCCUGGGGUCUUCAACGCCCAACUUCCAGCUGGAGGCGCAUGAAACGAAGGGCGUCAACCAUGUUGACUACUACCCCCACAGUGAUAAGCCGUACUUGCUCACCACCUCGGACGACCGCACAGUAAAAGUGUGGGAUUACACAACCAAGAGCUUGAUUGCCACGUUGGAGGGCCAUACCAAUAACGUUUCUUUUGCGUGCUACCACCCCGAGCUGCCCAUCAUCAUCUCCGGGUCCGAAGAUGGCACUAUCAGGAUAUGGAAUGCCAAUACGUACCGCUUCGAGCAGUCUCUAAACUACGGCUUGGAGAGGGCAUGGUGCGUAGCGUACCAGAAGGGCAAGCAGGGUAUCGCUGUGGGUUUCGACGACGGCUCGGUGGUGAUCAAGCUGGGUCGUGAGGAGCCCGCCGUCUCUAUGGACGGGUCUGGAAAGAUCAUCUGGGCCCGUCAUAACGAGGUGCUUUCCGCUGUGAUCAAGGGCGGUGACGCGAUCAAGGACAACGAGCCGAUCACGCUCAGCACCAAGGAGUUGGGCAACGCCGAAGUGUAUCCUCAGACGCUUAUCCACUCGCCAAACGGACGCUUUGCAGCCAUCUGCGGCGACGGCGAGUACAUCAUCUACACCGCCCUGGCGUGGCGUAACAAGGCCUUUGGCCAGGCUCUGGACUUCGUGUGGGCGUCCAAGGACAACUCAAACGACUACGCCAUUCGGGAGUCGGCAACUAGCAUCAAGGUGUUCAAGAACUUCCAGGAGAAGAAGGGCGGACUGGACGUCCCAUUCGCAGCAGACGGGCUCACGGGCGGCGUGCUUCUCGGUGUCAAGGGCCAAGGCGGCAUCUCCUUCUACGACUGGGCGACAGGGGGUCUGGUCCGCCGUAUUGAGGUGGAGCCCAAGCAAGUGUACUGGAGCGACAGCGGCGAGCUGGUAGCCCUCGCUUGCGAGGACACCACCUACGUUUUGAGGUUCUCGAGGGACGCCUACAACGAGGCGCUCCAGGCCGGUCAGGUCGACGACGAUGGUGUUGAAGCUGCCUUUGACGUGGUCACCGAUAUCAGUGAGAGCAUCCGCUCUGCGGAAUGGCUCGGGGAUGUUCUGAUUUACACCAACGGGACGAACCGGCUGAACUACCUGGUAGGCGACCAGACCUACACUGUCGCGCACUUCGACAAGCCCAUGUACAUCCUCGGCUAUCUGCAGCGUGACAGUCGCGUCUACCUCACCGACAAGGAUUUGUCCGUCACAUCGUUUGCGCUCUCUCUCCCAGUUCUCGAGUACCAGACCUUGGUUCUCCGCGAGGAUAUGGAGACGGCCGCCGAGCUGCUUCCCAGCAUCCCUCAUGAUCAGCUCAACAAGAUCGCCCGGUUCCUUGAAGGCCAAGGCCACAAGGAGCUCGCCUUGGAAGUUGCCACGGAUCCGGAGCACAAGUUUGACCUCGCCUUGUCCCUCAACCAGCUCGACAUCGCCCUCGACCUGGCACGCCAGGCCGAUUCCGACCACAAGUGGAAGACGCUGGGUGACGCGGGCCUUGCCGCCUGGGACGUGCCCCUGGCGGCCGAGUGCUUUGUCAAAGCAAAGGAUCUCGGCUCUCUCCUUCUCAUCUACACCUCCACGUGCGACCGCGAGGGGCUCGCCAAGCUCGCCGAGCAGGCUUCCGAGACCGGGGCGCACAACGUCGCCUUCAGCUGCAAGUGGUCGCUCGGCGACGUUCCCGGGUGCAUCGACGUGCUCGUCAAGACGGGUCGGCUGGCCGAGGCCGUGCUGUUCUCGCAGACGUACCAACCGAGCCUGACGGCCGGGCUCGUCGCGCAGUGGAAAGAGAGCCUGGAGAAGAACAAGAAGGGCCGCGUUGCCAAGGCGCUGGGCGUUCCCGGCGAGGACGAGGAGCUGUUCCCCGAGUGGGACGAGUGGCUGAGGCUGGAGAAGGAGGGUCCCGCGGUUGCGGAGGAGACAAACGGUGCGGGGGAGAAUGGCGAGGAAGGCGAGCAGGCAAGCGAGGAGGGCGUUGAGUAGUGCCGUUAAUCUCUGUGUGCUUUGGCUCUCGCUCCGUGGGUGCUGUGAAUGGUACAGGGGUACUAGGCGUACAUGGGCUUGUUGUUAUGUUUGGGAGAAAGCAAAGAGAAAAGCCCUUGUUCCGGAGGGCGGCAGAUUUGAAUGAUGAUUCUAAGUUCAAAACGUGUUGGAGGCAGCCGUGCAACAAGAUGACGAACGCUAUGGCUGAAGAUGUAAACGUCCGGCUGGUCUUGUCUAGUCCAUCCCCUAUUCAGACCGGCUUAUUCUGAACAUGGUGACUUCCUUAGGCAGAUCAAUUAUGAAGCUUGAUAUUUGCGACA